UGGGCGGUAAUUUACUGAAUAUAGUGAAAACGCUAUCUGCACUUGUCGCACGCAGGUAGCGUGCGACACGAUCCCAAACUGACCCUUCACUUGGGGGCUGUCCAUAAAUGAUGUCACAAUUUUUUCCAACAAAUCUGACCCCCUUCCCUCAGUUACAUUCUGUCACACUUUUUUCAACAAAUUCGACCCUCAUCUUCCUGCGUCACAUUUCAUAUUCCCCCUCCCUUUGUCACAUGUCACGCUGUUUUUUAGAAGCAUUUUUUUAAAGAAAAUGGCUGUGUGCUCUUUACAGCAAACUCCCUGAAAAGAAGUACACUCUUAAGUGCAUGAAAUACACCACCAGCUCAGUCAUUCCAGCCAAGGACUGCAGUUUCGUGCUUAUUAGCACUCAGCAGCUCAGCAUUGGAGUGACUGAGCUGGAGGUAGAAAACCUCUUAAGGAAGCCUAGAGUGCCAAACAAACUGGCAGCUAAUACAGAAUUAGCACUGACCAGACGAGUGAAAGAAACAAUGGUUCAGUUCAACUCGAAUAUUGAAGGCAAGGCAGGUAUAUUCAGUUAGUUACCGCCCUAUAGGUUGUGUUUCAUGUAUUAUCAGUUUUGUUUCAAUGUUUUUGAAGUCAUUUUCCUUUCUAUAUUUUUAUUGUGUGGAGAAUUUCCUGAGAAGGAUUGUCUUCCUCGUCUCAUCUUGCUCACCAUCUUGAGCAUGCAUGAUGAUUUAUGGUAAAACAUGCUGCUGCAUUUUGGGCUACUUUAACUAUGUGUAGUUCAUUUUUGAAGCCCUGUUAUCCAUCAUGGUUUGUAUUUCAUUGAUUACGAAAGCUCUGUAGUCGUUACAAUACAUACCGUAUUUUCCUGCAUAUAAUCCGUGGAUUAUCUGUUAAAAAGGCAAAGUUUAUGAGGUGCGGAUUAUACGCUGCCGCGGAUUAUCUUUGAUUUUCUUUUCUUAACACCAACGCUCCGAUUCACCGAUAGAGACCGCACGCUGACUGUAUGUUGUUUAUUUUACAUUGCUUGCAUGUUCCUUCUCGUUGCCUGCCUGUAUGUUGGUUAUUUUACGUUGCUUGAAUGCUCCUCUUAUGCAAUUCAGGCUCUGUAAAAUAAUCAACAUUACAGUGAAUUAGGAAGCCAUUUGCACAAGAUAAGACCGUUUGCUCUUUUGUCUUGACUCUGUUUUUCAAGUAAUUAGCGUACUAUAAUCUUGAUUUCAAGAAAAAAUCAUUAUAUAUAGAUUAUAUUUCAGAUUAAUUUUGAUUAUGCCUUCAAAGCAAGUACCUUUUCACGUUUUUAGUUUAGUUGCUCAAAUGUUAUGUUAAAUUUAAACUUUUUUUUUUUUUACAUCGUAUUAUCCCCGGAUUAUACGAAGCUUUUUUUUUCUUCAGGCCGAUUUUAAGACCUGCGGAUUACAGGUCGCCCACGGAUAAUAUGCAGGAAAAUGGUAGCAUGUUUAUUUAUCCCCCCCCCCCUUCCGGGUUGUAUAAAUGUAACCGCAUCAGUAAGUCAAUGCUCCUAAUCAUUGCUGUUUUGUUGUUCAAGUACUGGUUUGACUGAACAAAAUGGUGAAGUAUGCUGCAUAAUAUCCGUUUUCUUUUUUUCAAUAUUUUGUGUUACUUAGUCCACAAGAGAAAAAGAGCGAGAACGGAGAAAAAAAAUAAUGGAAAACAGGAGAAGGUGGAUAAAAGAAAUUGAAACAGAAACAGUUAGUGGUGAAGAGUUUGAGCUAGAUGAAUUGAGGAACAAGUGUUCAACAAAAACACGGAGUGACAUGAAUAAAAUUGUGCGGUGGCCCCUGAUACAUCACAAACCAUCAAAAACAGCAAGAAAGUUCACAAAGAAAAAAAAUCAAGAACCUAUGAAGAAAACAAUUGAGAACACAAGGAGUAAAGAAGGAAAUGGAAGUGCAAAAAAACCUGAACUGGAAGAAGUGAUGAACAUGCCUAUCACCCGGAGUGAAAUGAAUAAAACUGUGCGGUGGCUAGUGAAAUGUCACAAGCCACCAAAGACGGCAAGAAAGAUGAGGACUUUUGGGUUUGAAGAUGUUCACUACCAAUCAAUUUGUCGCUAAGCUUAGCUUUCAUUGAAAGCGAAUUUAACUUUCAUUUUUUGUACAGCUGUUAAAUAUUUUCAUUAUUUUCAAAAUAAAUUAAUUUCUAUAUCA